CUCACAAUCACAUUCCAUGUUAAAACCAAAAAAAAAAAACCGUACAUGAACAUCUCCUGACCAUUUGAUUAUUUAAAGACAAGAUCUUUAUAUUAACGUAAUACUCAUCACAUUAACAAGAUGAAUGAAACCUCGGAGUACAAGUCGCCAAGAGAUUCGGACGGACACGGGACCCAUACGGCGUCCAUAGCCACCGGAAGGUAUGUCUUUCCUGCUUCCACAUUGGGAUAUGCACAAGGGGUGGCCGCGGGUAUGGCGCCCAAGGCGACACUCGCCGCUUAUAAGGUCUGCUGGAAUUCGGGGUGCUACGACUCUGAUAUUCUGGCUGCGUUUGACGCCGCCGUCGCUGAUGGCGUCGACAUUAUUUCGCUCAGCGUGGGUGGUGUUGUUGUGCCAUAUCAUCUCGAUUCCAUUGCGAUUGGAGCUUUCGGUGCUACUGAUCGAGGGAUUUUUGUGUCUGCUCCCGCCGGAAACGGUGGUCCCGGUGGGCUUACGGUGACCAAUGUUGCUCCAUGGGUCACCACCGUUGAUGCUGGGACCAUCGAUGGAGAUUUCCCUGCUGAUGUUAAACUUGGUAAUGGGAAGACGUUGCCCGGAGUUAGUAUAUACAAUGGACCUGGUUUGACUCCUGGUCGGAUGUACCCGUUGGUGAUGAGUACUCGGCUUCUCUGUGUUUGGAUGGUAUUGGAUUGGGGAGAAGAUGGAGUUGCCACAGCUGCUGAAGCUGCUGCUCUUCGGGCAUCAUUUCGCCAAGAGGUUGCUGUUUGGCAUAAGCUUGACCAUCCCAAUGUUACAAAGUUUGUUGGAGCUUCAAUGGGAACUUCCAACCUUAAGAUUCCCCCCAAAAAUGCUACAGAUGAAAAUCAUGCUUCUCUCCCUUCCAGAGCUUGCUGUGUGGUUGUUGAAUACAUUCCUGGUGGGACUUUAAAGAAUUUCUUGAUUAGAAAUAGGAGGAAGAAACUUGCAUAUAAGGCAGACUUGGAGACUGCUUGUCCCGCUACCGUCUCCUGUGCUGACAUUCUUGCAAUUGCAGCUGAAGAAUCAGUCUAUUUGGCAGGAGGCCCAUCUUGGCCGGUUUUGUUAGGACGAAGAGACAGCAGAACCGCAAACCGCACAGUGGCUGAUGAAUUUCUUCCAGGUCCUAUUGAAACCCUGGAAGAACACAAAUCCAAAUUCUUUGCUGUUGGACUUAACACCAGCACAGAUCUGGUCGCGCUGUCUGGUGGUCACACCAUUGGACGGGCUCGAUGCAAUACAUUCAUAAACAGACUGUAUGACUUUGAUGGCAAUGGAAAUCCUGACACUUUCCUGGACACAACCUAUUUAGCAACAUUGCGUGAAUUAUGCCCUCAAAGUGAUACCAUUAAAAUUGUUAACAGAUUUAGCAGCAACCAAACCGCAUUCUUUGAAAGUUUUGUUGAAUCUAUGAUAAGAAUGGGAAACAUCAUGCCUUUGACGGAUACUAAAGGAGAGAUUAGAUUGAAUUGCAGAGUUGUUAAUGGUGACUUAAUAACAACUGCUAAAUCAAAUGGAGGCCUAGUUGGCUCCAUUUGAUUUGAUCAAUAACAAAAGAGGAAGGCUAAUAAAUGACCAUCUUUAUGCUAGUGUAUUUUGCUGAAUAUAAAUUAGGUUUAAGU